AUGGCCACAACACUCCCAAAGGACAUCUCUAGGCUUGGACAGGAAGUCAAGCUUUUCGGCAAGUGGGACACUCAAGAUGUUGAGGUGAAGGACAUCUCCCUCACUGAUUACAUCCAAGUCCGCCAUGCCGUCUACCUCCCCCACACCGCCGGCCGCUAUGCCAAAAAGCAAUUCAAGAAGGCCCAGAUGCCUAUCGUUGAGCGCCUGGUCGACAGCUUGAUGAUGAAGGGCCGCAACAACGGCAAGAAGCUCCUUGCUGUCCGCAUCGUUGCCCAUGCUUUCGAGAUCAUUCACCUCCUCACCGACCAGAACCCCAUUCAAGUUCUUGUCGACGCUAUCGUCAACACUGGUCCCCGAGAAGACUCCACCCGUAUCGGUUCGCAAGGUACCGUCCGUCGCCAGGCCGUCGAUGUCUCUCCUCUGCGCCGGGUCAACCAAUCUAUUGCUCUCCUUACCACCGGCACACGUGAAUCGGCUUUCCGCAACGUCAAGUCGAUCGCCGAAUGCCUCGCCGAUGAGCUGAUCAACGCCGCAAAGGGAUCGUCAAACUCGUAUGCUAUCAAGAAAAAGGACGAACUGGAGCGUGUUGCCAAGUCCAAUCGGUGA